GUGACGCAGCAGGCAUGACCAAGCACCUUCAACCGAAACUGUAGAAAAUGAAGUAUGCUUUAAAUUUGCUCGUAUUGCUCGUGCAUUUACUCACGUAUGUUUCUUCUGCAGGCGUGUCUGAUGAAGGCACAGAUGGAGGGUCAGUCUCUGUGAUGGAGGGAGAUUUGGUUACUUUACAAUAUCUUAUGGAAAAACAACAACAAGAAAUCAUUAUAUGGCCUUUUAAUAACAUUGCUAUCGCUGAAAUCAAUGGGGACCCCAGUAAGAUCUGUACAGAUGUGCGUUGUGAUAAUCGUAAAAAGAGAAUCAGAGACAGACUGAAGCUGGAUCAUCAAACUGAAAAUCUGUCCAUCAGAACCACAGACUCUGGACCGUAUGAUGCAUGGAUCUCCAGCAAAAACCGCGGUGGUGGAGGAGCCUAUGUUGCUCGUGGUUUGUCUGAUGUUGAUAAAGAUGAAGUGUCAGUGAUGGAGGGAGAUUCAGUCACUCUACAGACUAGUGUAAAAACAAACCAACAAGAAAAGAUUAAAUGGUAUUUUAAUGACAUUCGCAUCGCUCAAAUCACGGGAGAUCACAGUAAGAUCUGUACUGGUGUUCAGUGUAAUGAAGGAACGGAGAGAUUCAGAGACAGAUUGAAGCUGGAUCAUCAGACUGGAUCUCUGACCAUCAGGAACAUCAGUACCUCAGAUGCUGGAUUUUAUAAACUGCAGAUCAUCAACAGUAGAAUCAGUAUCAUGAAGAGAUUUAGUUUUACUGUUGCGAGUACAUCUGGUGUUGAUACCGAUGAAGGGUCAGCAUAUAUGAUGGAGGGAGAUUCGGUCACUCUAAAUACUAAUGUUAAAAAAAAACAACAAGAAAAGAUUAAAUGGUUUUUUAAAAACAUUUGUAUAGCUCAAAUGAAUGGAGAUCUCAGUAAUGUCUAUCCAGAUGUUAAGUGUUAUGUAGGUACUGAGAGAUUCAGAGACAGACUGAAGCUGGAUCAUCAGACUGGAUCUCUCACCAUCAUGAACAUCACAAACACACACUCUGGCCUUUAUCAUCUAAAGAUCAUCAGUGACUCAUACAGCAUCAGGAAGCGCUUUAGUGUUCUUGUUCGUGAUGUUCCUGCUGCAAGACAAGAUAAAAUAAGAAGAAAAAAGCUGGGAGAAUCUGUUACCUUAGAUCCUGGGGUAAUAAAAUACCCAAAUGAUGUGAUGACGUGGUAUUUUAAUGACAUUCUCAUCGCUGAAAACACUGGAGAUCAGAGUAAGAUCUGUACAGAUGAUCAGUGUGAUGAGAGAUUCAGAGACAGACUGAAGCUGGAUCAUCAGACUGGAUCUCUGACCAUCACAAACACCAGAACCACAGACUCUGGACUUUAUAAACUAACAAUCACCAACAUCAGAUUCAACAUCAUAAAAAGCUUCACUGUUUCUGUCACUGCUGCAGUAGCAGGAAUAUAUGCUGCUGUUGUUCUGCUGCCUGUUGCUUUAGCUGCUGCUUCGAUUUACUAUUACAAGCGUCAAAGCAGAAGGACAGAUAUGGAAAUGCAGUCAGGUGAUCAGAACCGUCCAGAAGUCUUGUCCUCUAAUCAGUCUGAGACUCAUGCUGUCCGUGAGACGUCACAGUAACAUUAUUAUUUUGAUUAACAUUUAUUUAUUUUUGUAUUAUUAUAUUUAAUUUAUGUUCCAUAUAUGUUACUGUCUGCUGCACAUGCCUUUAUACUUUCACUUAAAUUAAGUAAAAUCAUAUAUAAUCUGUCUUUAUUUUUC